GGAAAGUGCAGAAGUGUCCACACGAAUACGUUCGGCGCGCAAUGUUCUUCACCCGCCCGAUGACGGCAAGAGACUGGGACCAUCUGCAGUACUACGCGAAGCGAGUGCUGAGUAUCAGCGGCAUGUUCGAAGUCGAAAGUGCUUGGCGCAAGCCCCCCAUGUUGCUGUCACGCGAAGUCUUGAGCGCGCUCAGCCGAUGCCCUAUCGCCAUCCUGUUCCCCAAACUGCGCGCGCUUGACUUGUACAUGACGGAUGGAAUGCAUUGCAGGCUGAUUGGCCCCGUCUUCUCUUCUCCUCGACUUCGCUCGCUGAAACUCUACGGCAUGUACAAGGAAGUUGACUUCUUACUUCGUUAUGCCCCCGAUCUAGCGACGUCAUCCCCGCUGCUUGAAGUUAUCGACCUCGACCUUCGGUAUUACAGCUACGAUAGACGGCCCAUACCCAACCCAGAGCCUGACGGCGAGAUGUCUAAGGCAGUGCAGUCAUGGCAGCAUUUGCAUUCCGUCAAAGUCGGCCCAGUGGAUGAGGACAUGCUCUUACAUAUCAGAAGACUACCUGCCUUGCAGUCAUUGUUCCUACAGGUUGCUCGGACGUCUAAAUGGCUGUCAUCGAAACGCAUCCCGUCCUUUGACGGCUUCAAAAAGCUCACCAUUGCGAGCGACAGGGGCUCCACAGCUGUGCGAGCUCUUGAGCGUAUCCUAUCUGGACCUUCAUCUGCCUCUUUACCCCCUCGACUCUCCAGUAUCGUCAGAGUGGAGUGUCAGACACUCUAUCAAUACUCUUUGCUCCCAUUCACUGCCGCACUUCAGCGUCUGUGCACUCAUGAUCUCGUCGACAUCAACCUGACGUAUAGAAAUGGGAAGGAUGACGAAGACUGGCCCCAGCUUCAUCCAGGACAUUUCGAAGCCCUCUACCCACUUACAUCAUUCCGAAACCUUGUUUCACUUCGGUUCUGGCUUUGUGAAGAAUCUUGCGACUUAUCUGCUACCCAAUUGCUCGACCUUAUUGGUCAUUGGCCACGCUUAGAAGUGCUACGCAUCGAUCCAUUUAGGGAUCCUAUAGACCUCCCCACACUCACUCAGCUCAUGCAAUCUCUCCCGUUGGGGAGAGAUGUAGCCAUUCCUACCAUCAUCGUUCCCGCAGACUUGGAGGAAUUCGAGGAUUCGCCAGAUACAUAUCCAAGUUUUCCACGUGUUACGCAUCUGCGUCUAACCUACGAGGAAGAAGGGCUUCCAGAUUUCGACCCUGAGGGCGCCGUUGCCUCCUUGCUGUAUCGCAUUGUUCCAUCCAUUCAAGACAUCCAGUGCGUUUUCGGCGAGGAAGAAGAUUACUUGAAGGUUGUCAUGAACACCAUCAAAGCCUUGCGACAGGAUGGAACACUACCUCAGGAUAUAGUCAGGUUGCCAAGGCAGGCACAGUACACUGGUCGACAUUAG